AUGGCGUUGUUGGUGUGGAUUGUUGCUGGCUUAAGCACAGUUCACACAACAUCGGCUGAGACGAGGUAUCCACGAUACGGUUGUGGCAAAGGGUUGGAUUCUUUCCCAUUCUGUGAUAGCAAGUUGCCUGUAAACAAGCGUGUCGAUGACUUGAUCAAGCGGCUAAAGCUGGAGGAGAAGCCACUACUGAUGGUUGCCCGCCUGGCCCCUCUUGGCAACAUCUCACGGCUCGGUAUUCCGCAAUAUGACUGGGGAGCCAAUUGCAUCCAUGGCGUUCAAUCCCGAUGUGGCACGGGUUCGGACGGUCAGGAUCGCUGUCCGACUUCCUUUGCAGCACCAAACCUGCUUGGUGCCACUUUCAAUGAGUCAGCAUGGUGGACAAUGGGCCACAUCAUCGGUGUAGAGUUGCGCAGCUUAUGGAAGCAAGGCAAGGGUGAGAACCAUCCACCCACUCAGCUUCCUCCUUUGGGUCUGGAUUGCUGGAGCCCAAACAUUAACAUAGUCCGUGACCCACGCUGGGGCCGGAAUAUGGAGACUCCAUCGGAGGACCCAUUCCUCCUCAGCCGCUUCGGGGUGCAAGUAACCAAGGGGUUGCAGGAGGGCAAAGAGGAUAAGGGUCGGCUUCAGGCCAUUGUGACACUCAAGCACUUCGCGGCGAAUGAGCUGGAAGGCACUUGGGAUGGACCUGGUGGUCCGGCCCAGUUCCCUGGCACCGGCAUGUGCCCUGGGAAGAAGUGCACACGGCACACCAUCAAUGUGAACAUCUCCUCAUACGAUUUAGCCUCAUCCUAUCUAGCUUCCUUCCGCAGCGCAGUGGUAGAAGGAGGCGCCCUCGGGGUGAUGUGCUCGUACAAUGCCAUUAACGGUUACCCCAGCUGUGCCAACAAAUGGCUUCUGAAUGAUAAGCUCCGGAAGGAGUGGGGUUUUAAAGGCUAUGUUACGGGAGACUCCGGUGCUGUGGCAGACAUUUACAAGAAGCACUGGUUUGUUCCUUCAAUGGAAGAUGCUGUUGUGAAGUCUGUGGAGGCUGGGACUGAUGUCCAAUCCUCUGGUUGGCCUUCCGGGCAUCCAUGGGCUACAACAAAUGCAGAAUACCUCAAGUACAUCCCGGCGUUGGUCCGAGACGGCAAGCUGUCUGAGCAGGACUUGGACGAUGCUCUGAGGCAUACGUUGACCUUGCGAUUUCGCCUGGGCCUCUUCGAUGACCCUGGCAGUCAGCCUUUCGAGAACUUCUCCGAAGACAUUGUGCGAAGCAGUGAGCACUUGGCUGCGGCCAUCGAUGCGACCGAGCAAGGCCUGGUGCUCCUGAAGAAUCUGAAGAAUGAGAAAGCCAUGAAAGCCACCUUACCAAUUUCUCAAGGUCGAAUUGCGGUGAUCGGGCCGCAUGCCACUUCCCGGUCUGAGCUUCUGGGCAACUACCUUGGUCAGAUUUGCCCUGGAGAGAAGCAGAGCUUUGCUUGUGUGGAAUCUCUCUACGAGGCUCUUGGCAACUUGUCGAAGGACGUUACCACAGCCCCCGGCUUGCCAAGCAUCAGCGGUGAGGUGGACCCAAAGCUCCUGGCCGAAGCCGUGGCUACGGCCAAGAAUGCCGACCAUGUCGUCCUCGCCUUAGGCUUGGACACUAGCACUAUCGAGCAGGAGGGGCGGGACCGUCACACUGUCACGCUUCCCCCUGGGCAGCUGGAGCUUUUCGAUGCCAUGACUGCCCUCAAAAGGCCAGUGACUGUGGUGCUGGUGAACGGCGGCAUGGUGGCCAUGAGCUCCGUCAAGGAGAAAGCGGAUGCGAUCGUGGAGGCCUGGUACCCUGGCUUCUUUGGUGCCGGUGCCAUUGCUAGGGCGCUGCUUGGACACACGAAUCGCUGGGGCAAGCUGCCGGUGACCAUCUACGAUGAAAAGUUCACAGACGAGUUCGACAUGCUCAGCUUUGACAUGUCGAAGGCUCCAGGACGGACAUACCGCUACUUUACAGGACAACCUCUCUGGCCUUUCGGCUUUGGGCUUUCUUACACCACCUUCUCAUUGAAGCUCCUCGGGUCAAGUUCCAUCAAGGUGUCCCAGCAAGGCGAAGCUGCCACAGUGAACGUGCUGGUUCAAAAUACCGGCACCGUGGCAGGGGACGAGGUGGUCAUGGGCUACUUCUUGCCAAAAAACGGCACCAUUCCUGCAGGCCGAGCUACACUGCUGCGCAAGCAGCUCUUCGCCUUCCAGCGUGUGGCCGUCCAGCCCGGGAUGGCCGUGACUUUAGGCUUCACAGUGACAGCAGCGAGCUUCCAGGUCUUUACGGACGGCGGCGAUGGAGUCAGCUAUGCUGGCAAGUACACCGUACUGUUCAGCACAGGGAAUGUGGAUGUCCCGUUGCAGGUGGAGGUGGAUGGGCCGCAGCAUCAGCCGGCUGUUUUGCAGCCGUGGCAUGCGCCUUCCAGAAUAUCUGGAACAAGCAGCAUUGUCGUUUGA